AAGAAGUGAAGAGGAAACCAUAAGGAACCCUCGUAGUAGUUAACUCAACAACAUAUAUAUUCUUCCCCGACAAAAAUACUUGUUAUUUAGAAAAAAGUAUAUCACCAAUUUAGUGUGUGUAAAAGAAAAGAAAAAAACUAAGAGAAAGAUGGGAGAUGCAAGAAAGGUGGGAGUAGCCAUAGAUUUCUCGAUUUGUAGCAGAGCAGCGUUACAAUGGGCUAUCGAUAACGUCGUUAGAAAGGGAGAUCAUCUUAUUCUCGUUAAUAUUCGUCCUGAUGCCCAUUACGAAGAAACUGAGAUGCAGCUUUGGCAAGUCACCGGUUCUCCUUUAAUCCCUUUGACUGAGUUUCGUGACGCCCAUGUCAUGAAGAAAUACGGGACUAAGCCUGAUCCAGAAACUCUAGAAAUCGUUGAAUUGGCUGCAACUCAGAAAGAGGUUCAUGUUCUCCUGAAAAUAUUUUGGGGAGAUGCUCGAGAAAAACUAUGCGAAGCUGUUGAUAAUAUCCCAUUAGACUGUCUUGUUAUAGGAAACCGAGGGCUCGGCAAGUUGAAAAGGGCAAUACUAGGUAGUGUUAGCAAUUAUGUGGUAAAUCACAGUUCAUGCCCUGUAACUGUUGUGAAGCAUGCACAUACCUAAAAGCUAGCCUUUGUGACAUUAUCAAUAAGGUGUCAUAUACAUGUAUUCGAUGUUUGUAACAAAUAAUCCCUUGUGGAAUUUACUGUCAAUUUGUUUUGAUUUCUUUUGGGUUUGAAAUAUAUGAAGUUGUUUUUCUCAUGGUGUAUAAAUGAAGUAUGAUAAUUUUCUUAGUCCA